AUGAAUUUGCACAUUUCGAAACUUUACACGGAAAGAGAAAAAGAAGAAUUGGAUUAUCUGGUGCAAAUGAUGGAGUGGAUGAUUAGAGAUGUCCUUGGUAUUUUAACUCGCGAGAUUAGACACUUCACUGGAAUAUUAUCAAAAAGUCAACUUUUAGCAUUGAACUAUUUGGAUAGUUAG